AUGUCGAUUCCAGGGAACGAUCUACCAAGUCUUCAGAACUUGAUUAAGCGUGAUCCUCAAAUCUACAAGGAGGACUUUUUGCAACAGUAUGACCACUUCCAAACCGAGCUAGCUCUAUUUAAAGCCCAUCUGUCUGAACCAGCCAAUUCUUUUGUGGCUUUAAUGAAUUUUAUGGGUCAGGUAGCUCAGUGCUAUCCAGACGUCUUGGCUGAUUACCCUUCUCUCUUGUUUGGAUUAAUGGAUGAGCAUGCUGAAGUGAUGCACCGUGAAACGCGAAUUGCGAUCGUUCGCGUUCUGAUUCUAAUGCGAAACAAAGGCCUCAUCGAGGUGAUUCCUCUUCUCAAGAGUCUAUUCCACUAUUUCCGUAUCAACGACAAGCAGCUGCGUGCUCUCAUCUACUCUCACAUCAUCACCGACAUCAGCUCUGCGAACAAGGGCAAAACCAACGAAAACCUCAACCGCCAAUUGAAAUCAUUCAUGUUUGACCUGCUCGAAAACGACUCCGACCUAAUUGCCCGCAAAGCACUCGACGUAAUGGUAGAAUUAUACCGCCGCCAAGUCUGGACGGAUGCCCGCUCUGUCAAUGUCAUCGCGGCCGCGUGUCUAUCCCGCCAUCCUCGCGUCAGCAUCGGCGGCAUCCGCUUUUUCCUCGGCAUCGAGACGCGCAUGGAGGAGGACCAAGAGAAGGAGCGCGAAGUGGAGAACGAAGAGAUCGACAACCACAGCCACAGCCACAAAACCAAGGCGCGCAAGCGCGACACCGACCGCCAGGUCGCCGCGCGUCGCCGCAAGCUUCGCCGCGCCAACCAGACCGAAAGCAACCCGCGCUUCCCCGCGAUUGCGCUGGUCUACGACCCGCAAGGCUUCGCGGAGAAGCUUCUGAACCUCCUGCGGCGAACGAAGGAGCAGUUCUCGGUGCGCUUGCUGCUGAUGGAUUUGAUCUCGCGGUUCAUCGGGUACCACAAGCUGUGCGUGUUUCCGUUCUACACGUUCAUCCAGUCGUAUCUCACCGCGCACCAGCAGCACGUGACGCGCAUCCUCGUCUUCCUGACGCAGGCGUGCCACGAUUUCGUGCCGCCCGAAGAGCUGUUCCCGCUGGUUCGCGUGAUCGCAGACAACUUCGUGAACGAUCAUUCCAGUCCCGAGAUCGUGGCGCUUGGCAUCAACACGAUCAGCGAGAUCUUCGCGCGCAUUCCGCUGCUCUUCGAGGCCGACGAGCUGCAGCCGCUGAUCCUCGAGCUGGUCGAAAUGAAGACAAAUAAAGACAAGGGCGUCGCGGUGGCGUCACGCAAUUUCCUCAACAAAGCGAGGAUGAUCUAUCCGGCCUGUCUGCAGAAGAAGGACCGCGGACGCGAGGCGAUCAAGACGAUGCGGCCGCUGGCGUUCGGAGAGGAUCAUGUGCGCGUGUCGGUGGAGGGAAUGGAGGCGCUGGGCCGGAUGCUGGAGAAGGGAGAGAUCGACGAGGCGGAGCUGGAGAGUUUGGAGGCGUGGAAGGAGGAGAAGAAGGAGAAGAAUUGGGAGGGAAACACGGUGACGAGGAAGAAGAAGAAGCCGAUGAAGAUCUCGAAGGAGGCGCUGGAGUUCGCGGAGGGAGCGAGGCACAAGCAGUGGGAUCGGAUUGGCGCCAAAAAGGGAGAGGGCGAAGAAGUGGAGGAGAAGGAGAAGGAGAAAGAAAAGGAAGAGAACGAAGAGGAAAAGAACGAAGAGGAAGACGAAGCAUUGCUGGAAGAAGAAGAAGAAGAAGAAAUCGAAGAGGAAGAGAAUGAAGAAGAAGAAAAUGAAGAAGAAGAAAAUGAAAAUGAAAUGAAUGAAGAAGAAGAAGAAGAAGAGGAAGAAGAAGAGAAUGAAAACGAAAACGAUGAAAUGAAUGAAAACGAAUCAUCUUCCAUGGAGGAGGAAUCGGAGGAUAGCGAUUCGAUGAGUCCGGAGAAAGCCGAGGCGGUUCGGCAACGCCGAAUCGCGCUGGCUCGCGAGUUCAUGUCCACGCACAUCCUUCCUCCCAAGCUCUUCCGUAUUCUCCAAGGCGAUCGCAACGAUUCGGACAGCAGCGAUUCCGACGACUCCGAAGAGCAAACCGCCGAUACACACGACGCGGUCGUGAACCCCGCCGAUCUGCUGGGUUACCAGAAGAAACGGAAGGACGACAUCGAGGAGCGGCGGAGAAAGGCGAUCGAAGGACGGCAGCAGCACGUGAUGAAGCUGAAGGGAGGCGGCACGACGAACAAGGAGAAGGAACGAAAGAAGAACUUCGUGAUGGUCAAGCAGAGCGAGCGUGUGAAGAGAAAGCUGAAGCAGAGCAUUCACGAGCAGCAGCAGGCCGCGAAGAAGCAGGUGCGGAGAUUGCAGGUGCUGGGAAAGAAGGCGGCCAAGAGAAGAAGAAUAUAA